ACACAAAAAAUUACAUGAACGAAAAAGUAUCAAGAACUGAAGCAAUUUAAUAGUGAAGUUAGCUCUAAACGACAACCUUGGACAUCGAUUACCGAAAAACGUUAAAGAAAAAAAUCAUUUGCAAUAAAGUGCACUAUUAUCACUCUUCUUGUCGUCCAGUGGUUCCCAAAACCAAAAAUAGUAACGUGAAACUUACAAUUGGAAUAAUUUUAGGAAACUCAGCUAACUUCAAGUCGGUGACUUAACCACAAACUUUUAAAUGUCAAUUUAUAACCUCAAAUGGCUUCAUUAGCGCGAGCUUUACAAAAAAUAACUUUAACAAGCGCUCCUGUAGUGUUAACCAGUGUGAGACACGGUCAUGUKCCGCCCCCGAAACCGGUGAUUGGCCAUGGGAAAGGUUUUCGAAGAAUUGUUCAUUUCCCCGAGAAAUACACCGUGAAGCCGUUAGAAGUGACAAAUUUGGGGGGCAGAGACCCCGAGACGGGUCGAAUUGCUGUUAAAGGCAUCGGCGGAGGCAUAAAACACAAGUAUCAUUGGGUUGACUGGAAACGAGUUGGCCCAAGUGAGGGCCCCCCACAGGUGGAACGAGUGAUCAAAAUCAUCAAAGAUGGGUGCAGGACGGCCAGUGUGGCUCUUGUGGCUCAUGGCGACAAGAUGAAAUAUAUCUUAGCUACUGAAAAUAUGAAAGCUGGGGAUUUAAUCAAGACUUCUUGUCAUAUUCCCCGAAUUCCAGUUCGUGCCAACGAAGGCGAUGCGUACCCCCUUGGGGCGCUUCCUCUUGGCACKCAGGUUCAUGGCAUUGAAAUAGUCCCAGGUUUGGGGGGCUUUUUGGUCCAUGCCGCUGGGACUUGCGCCACGAUAUUGAGGAAAGUUGACAACAGAGUGAUUGUCAUGAUGCCUAGUAAAAAAGAGUUUAGUCUACUUGAAAACUGUAUGUGUACUGUCGGUCGAUUAAGUAAUGUUGAACACGGCUCUACUCCGAUUGGUUCACCACAAAAAAAUCGCGAAUUGGGUAAUAGGCCGAGGUCGGGGUGGUGGCAACGAAAAACUGGACGACAUGGAAGAAAACUCAGAAGGCCACCACCUGUCAAACUUAUUGGGGAGAAAAAAGACACAAAUCAGGAAGUGGUUAAAUUGACUUUUGGCGGACAUUUUGUCAAAACACCAAGAGCCCAGUUUCACUUUUAGUCAUUUAAUAUGUAAAAUUCUUGAAUAAAAGAAUGUCGAAGUAAA